AUGGCAUCCGAACAAGCUGACAAGGCUGUACUCUUCUACGAGUCGCGGUCCUUCAACUACGAUGACUCCUGGCACGCAGACUUUACCAAAAGAUUCGCUGCAGAACUCAAUAUCCAAACAGGCCGACAUGUUCUCGACCUUGCUUGUGGGACUGGGCUCCUGACUUUCGUCGAGGCUGAUAUUGUAGGUCCGUCAGGUCAUGUCACUGGAGUCGAUGUGACACCAGGCAUGCUUCGUGUCGCCGACUUCAAGAAAAAGAAAGAAGCCGGGAGGUACGCCAAUGUAGAUUUCCAUCAGGGCGAUAUUCUGAAACUGCAAGACAUAGAAGAAGUGAAGGGGAAGCAAUUCGAUGUGAUCACCGUGGCAUCUGCUCUGGUGCUGUUUCCAGACCCAAAGGCGGCAAUCGAACAAUGGGCUAGAUACCUGAAACCGGGAGGUGUUCUUGCAGUUGACUCAACACAUCCGCGAAACCUUGUACCGGGUAUGGUAUUGGAACGCGUAGCUAGACGGCUGGACCUCCAGGUACCUUACAACCGGGAGUGGAGCCAGAAUGAAGGAUCUCUGAAGAUUGUACUUGAAUCAGCCGGUCUGGAGGUUGAAAAGGUCAUCACCAUAGAGAGUCAAGCUGGGUACGGAAAACGACAGUACGACUUGGAGCAAUGGGAUGAUUUCUUCGUUGAGAAUGUAAUCGUCAAAGACGUUGCGAGGACUUUCGCGAACAACGAUAUACGCCGCAAAGCGCAGGGUCUCUACAAAGAGGAGUGGGAGCGAUUAGCUGUGAACGGGAAAGUGGAGGAGAUCGACUCGGUCUUCCUAGGAGUUGCUCGCAAGCCUGCCGAUGGCUCGAAACAUAUCCCAUGUUCAUCCAGCAACGAGGUCGUUCUCGAGGGAGGUUGCCGCUGCGGCGGCGUCCGAUAUACCUCGACCCAACAGCCCUCGAACGUCACCUUCUGCUACUGCCGAGCCUGUCAGCAAGUCUCAGGAUCUGGCUAUCUCCCGUUCUACCACGUCGAGAGUAAAUCGCUCAAUUUCACGCAUACAUCAACUCUGAAGACAUUGGGUCUUUCCAAAUUUGCGGACCGCUUCUUCUGCACAGGCUGUGGAUCGCCAAUUGGUAUGAAAUACCACUUUGAGGAGGAGAAACAUGUGACAGGUCUCACUCUUGGCUCCCUCUUUUUCGACACCUUCAAAGGUAACAUGCCAAAGGUGGUGCAGCACAUCUUCCUCGGAGAAAAAGCACCAUGGAUUACGGUACCGGACGAUGGCGCAAAGCGACUGCAGACAUUUGCGUACGCAGAGCGAAUGGGGCUAGAAUAA